AUGGCAUCGCUCCUGGGCGCAACUUACGAUUCUUCAGGCGACGAGGAUGACAACAAGCCCAAGACUACAACAUUCACAUCUGCGACCAAGAUUGUCGCCGCUCCUGAAGUCAAUGUAGAGGAUCCAUCCAGGUUGCAACUGAUUGCCGGUGCCGGAAGCUCAACUGCUCUUACUUACAAUGCUACAUACGACGACCUAACUCGGCCGGCCCAAGGUCCCGUCAACCCGUUCAAACCCAACGGCGUCGGCAAUGGACUGAAGCGCAAGAAUGUGCCCUCGGGCCAUGCAGAGGAAGCAGCUAUCAGCGAAGCGACAUUUAUCACGCAACAUCGCACAUUUCAGAGCUUGGGAUAUUCGCGUGACCCCAGUAGGCCGGAGCUGUUUGUUGGAGAUCAAGCGCGAGCUGCGCAAUAUGGCGGAAGGGACUUUGUUCAGAUGAAGCCGUCAAAGGAGGCAUCGGCGGCUUUGCGGAGAAAAAGGCAAAAGAAAGGUGAUGCUAGUAUUGUUGACGGGGAAGGAGCAUAUCUCGGACCGUGGGCAAGAUACGAGCGUGACGACGAGGUGUACGAAGAAGAAGCCGCUGAGGCGGGUCAUGAGCUCGCCAGUGACGAGGAAUAUGUCGAGGAGGAUGAGGAAGGAAUUCCCGUGUCAGAGAUGCCCGCUAUGGCGACUGAUUAUCAGGAUGAUGUGUCGCAGACGGAGACUACUGAAUUCCAUGGGAGCGAACAGUUUGAUUAUCUUGGGCGGACAUAUAUGCAUAUUCCUCAAGAUCUUGAUAUCGAUCUUAAAAAGGAACCAGGCAGCAUCAAGAAUUUUAUCCCCAAAAAAUUGGUGCACAAUUGGAAAUCGCACACAAAGCCCAUCACAUCGCUCCGCUUCUUUCCUAAAGCCGGUCACUUACUGCUGUCAUCUGGUGCUGACGGCAAGGCGAAAAUUUGGGAUGUCUAUCAUCAACGUGAGCUCCUGCGUACAUUUUCGGGACACUCAAAAGCCAUCAGCGACACCACCUUCCAUCCCACUGGCAAAACAUUUCUUACGGCCUCGUAUGAUCGGCAGAUUAAACUUUGGGAUACUGAAUAUGGAAAAUGCAUCUCCCGCUUUAGCACAGGCAAAACGCCACAUGUCGUGCGCAUUAACCCUGAUCCCGAGCAUAAUCACGAAUUCUUGGCUGGAAUGUCUGACAAGAAAAUCGUGCAAUUUGAUACCCGUUCUGGCGAACUUGUGCAAGAAUACGACCACCACUUGGCCGCUGUUAAUACCAUCACAUUUGUAGAUAACAAUCGUCGUUUUAUUACAACGUCCGACGACAAAUCCCUACGGGCGUGGGAAUACGGAAUACCGGUGCCAAUCAAAUACAUCGCCGAAGCAGAUAUGUUCGCUAUGGUGCGCGCCUGCCCUCACCCAUCAGGCAAAUAUGUUGCCUUCCAGUCCGGUGACAACCAGAUUGUCGUAUACGCUGCAACAGACAAGUUCCGUCAAAACCGCAAAAAGGGGUUUCGCGGUCACAACAAUGCCGGGUAUGCUAUUGACAUCACAUUUUCGCCGGAUGGCCAGUUUGUUGCUAGCGGUGAUUCGGGUGGGUUCGUGUGCUUCUGGGAUUGGAAGACCGGGAAGAUGUACCACAAAAUCCAAGCAGGUGGUAAAGAGGGCUCGGCUGUGACGUGUCUGGACUGGCAUCCUCAGGAGAGCAGUAAGGUCGUUACUGGUGGGCUGGACGGUAUCAUUAGGUAUUGGGACUGA